AUGGCACGAACAUUACAGAAAGUCAACGAAAAAAGGCUCCCAAAAGAGAAAAUGCAAGAUAUUUGCGCCGUUGGGCCUGUGUUUCAAGACACUGUCAUGAUGGCUGGAACACCGUUAGGAGUUGCUGCAUUGAAGUUCAAUGAAGAGAUAUUUAGUAUUGUGCUGAGAAACUUUGCAACAGGACUGGAUGUAACAAACGACAAAGGCGAUAAUAUUAUACAUUCCUUGAUAAAAUACGCAAACGUCCAACCAGACAAAGUCAGAGAUGUAAAGCAAAUGCUACGUUACAUUUUGAAUUGCAAAUUCAUUGCAACAGACGCUCAGUUUGAGAAAAAUAAAUGGAAAAUCAGGAAACAGGCAAGAAAGUUACUUAUGAUGUCAAAUAAAGAAAAGCUCAAUCCACUGCAACUGGCCGCCAAAAGGCAACAGUAUGAAAUAUUCGAAAUCAUUAUGCAUAAUGAGGUGUACCAUUCAAGAAUAUCUACUGAUGGUCUGUUUAAUGAGGAAGUGUAUGACAUCACUGAACUGGAAACUCUCAAUUUAGAGCCCGACUUAACUUUCUCAGAUGAAGAAAACAUCAAACCUGAGUACCAUGAAUCAGUUCUUGAGUAUCUUAUCCACCACCAAACGAGCAACGCAUUUAUGUUUGCAGACUUCAUACCUGUGAAGGAAGUUAUCAGGGAAAAAUGGAAGACUUAUAAAUGGUGGUUCAUGGGAUGGUUUGUCAUCCACUUGAUUUUCAUGAUUCUCCUUUCUGUUGCUGCCGUUUUCAGGUCAGAGAUCCAGGGAGAAAUAUCUGUAAAUAGUACAGCUGUGUAUUCAUAUGUUGUUACAAAGGAUGGAUUUGUAACUGGUGUCUCCGUCGUUGGUUUGGUAUUUGGGUUGUUUUAUCUAUUUAUGGAAGCUGCAAGAAAAAUCGUUUCUCGAUUUCAAUUCCAGACGUCUUCGAGCUUUAUUAAAAGAACGUUGCGUCAUUUUAGUACACCUUAUUCGAAUCUCAUAUUCAGAAUAUAUUUUGUCUUGUUUUCACUUUUGCUCAUAACAGAUUUUGCCGUCGCUGCUUCUGCGUCUUCAACAUCAUUUUCUGGGUAUGAAAAUUAUUGUCUGAUAUUUUCAGUAAUUGUUGGUUGGUAUAUGGUGAUGUUCUUCCUACAGACAUUGAAGCCGUUCAGCUUCUUCACAGUUCUGAUUCAGAAAGUUGUGUUAGACAUGAUUAAGUUCGCCAUCGUUAUGGCAUUCAUGUUGGUUGCUUUCUCAAUAGCAAUGUUUAUGAUAAUGCAAGGUGCAGACACCGAUGUCGAAAAUUUCAGUCAUGUUGGGAGGACUAUGGUUAAGAUGCUGACUAUAAUGCUUGGAAUAGGAGAUUUUGAAGAUUUGUUUAAGGCAAGGCAGCCAAUCCUAGCUGUAGGCGUAUUUGUUUUGUUUGUGCUAUUGACAACCAUUCUUCUUCUGAAUGCGCUGAUUGCUAUGAUGUCAAAUUCCUGUACAGAUUUGAUGAAUAAUUACGGAGGUGUAGUAGCUGCAAAGCUCCACUGCCGUCUGCAGAAGUUAUCAGUUAUUCUGUUUCUAGAGGGUUUCUUUCCCCGGUGUAUAUGUAAGGAAGUUGGUAAAAUCAAAAUGAAAACCAGGUAUGAAAAUAAUGAAUGGGUUCGAAAUAAACAAAGAAGAAUAUGGGAAAAGAGUUCCGUUCAUGCACACGGAGGAACAGAAACCGAGCAUUCACGCGGCUCAUCGCAUCUCGCCCAGACUCGUGGCAUAGUUACUUUGAUUAUGCAGCAGUUAGACCCAGAAAUAAAGAAGAUGAAGUCGCAUGAAAACAAAAUUGCUCGUGUGAUCGUCGACAGGGUAUGUGAUGAUACUAUUCAUAAUCAGGCUUCUAAGAAGCGGAUUGAUAUAUUGGAAAUGGAAAAAGAAACUGGCGAUGUGUAUAAAGUAGUUCCAUAUCAAGCAGAGGAAGUGGUGGAAGAUUUAGAAACAGUAUAUACUUAGUGACGGGUUAUUAGGUUUGAUUAAAUACAUUGGUUAAACAAAACAUGCUGACAUUUGAUCUGAUAGCAAAUGUAUUUUGCCUUCACAUAUAUUCUGAUAAUUCUGUUAACAUUGUAAUAAAAUGUAGACAAAUCCAAAAGCAAAAGAAACAUUGAAGAAUAUUGAAAUCCCCGCAAUUUGCUACAAUGUAAAAAACCACAAGGGUUUCGUCUUUGAUAAUGUCUUAUUUAAUAUUUUAGACAAUGUGUGUGCUUUGUAUCUGAGACUGAAUUAAAAAUUACAUUCACAUUUUA